GAAGAGGCGUAGAAAGUGUACACUUGCUGACUCACAACAGCUCAUUCAUGUUGUCCGGUGGUUUCCUGUGUGUCUUUGUGGUGUCCUUCGUUGGACUAACCCAUAGUGAUGUGGUGUCUGACUUCAGUGAUAAGCCUGACUGCAUAAAAUACUUCUACAAAGAGAAAGUGCCGCAAUGGGGCUCGGAUACUUCUGGUGCUGCUCGACUCUGCCAGCGUUUCCAGAACCGGUAUCAUUUCGCCACGUUGUAUGACACACACCACCGCAUUGCUGUGUACUCAGCGUACGUGUUUGAGCCCAGCAACGGAGGAGGCAGAGAGAACCGUUGGUUUGUGGAGCCCCAGUUGGUGAAUCAGAACUGGGGAGGGGAAAUGAGAGAUGGUUAUUGGUUAGAAAAGGAUUAUCCUGGUAUCUACCAAGGUGAAAGACAGGCUCUAAAUGAGGAUUACACUCGCUCUGGGUUUGAUCGUGGCCACCUCAAUCCCAAUGGACACCAGGCAGUGCCAAGCCGUAAUGCCACAUUCACACUUACGAACGUGGUGCCUCAGAACCCAAAACUGAACCAGAAUGCUUGGGCUAAUCACGAGUCCAACUUGGCUAAGAUGUUCAGAGCUCAAUGCGACAAGGCCUACGUGCUGGUCGGUGCCAUUCCCUCCGCUGACAACUGGAUCAUCAAGGACAACGUCAAACGCGUCAAUAUCCCAGAAUACAUGUGGAACGCAUACUGCUGCAUCGAUCGCAACGGAUUUCCGAUUCGAAGUGGAGCUGCAAUUGUCAACACUGACAAGAAUCUAGUUGAGGAGUAUACAUUGAGCGAAAUGGUUGCCUUUCUCCAGCAAUACUCUAACACACCAGUAGGAGCGCUGUUCCAAAAUCAAUGCCAGUAAUUGUUUGUAACACUGAAUCUCACAGGAGUUGGUAAAUUUUAAGUAUUCAAUUCGAUUCAAGUUCAUUUGAUUUGGAAUACGUUUUUAACAAUGUCAUAAAGCAGCUUUAGAUAAAUAAAUUAUAAAAAAAUAUCUUAAUAAAAUUGUAUAUAUUUUUACUGG